AUGAGUUUGUUCACCAGCCUUAAAGCUCAAGCGAAGGAACAUGGCAGUGUUAACAAACAGGGAGAAACAGAGAGGAAGAUGUUGCUGCUUUGGGUUACUUUACUACUUUCCUCUUGCCUCUCAGUGGCCCAGGCAUGGGGAGGAUGGGAUUUCCAGAAUGACAGAGUCCGGAGACUUGAAGCACUAGGGAUCCGAGAGGAAAAGAACUUGUUGGUGCUCACAGAAACAACACUGGCCAGAGUGCUAAAUGAGACUCGGUUCCUGAUGGUGGAGUUCUAUAAUCCUCUAUCAAAACAAUCCCAAAAUCUCAUAAAGGAAAUGGGCAAAGCAGUGAAUAUAGUGGGAAAAGAAAAUACUGGAGUCCUGUUUGGUAAAGUGAACAUCACCUCUGAGAAGUUGUUGGAGCAAGAGUUUGCCAUCAAAGACGUCCCCACAGUGAAGCUUUUUGUUGAAGGUCAAAGACAGCAGCCCAUCGAUUGCAGAGGUGUCAUUGAAGCCACAGCCCUCGUUGCGUGGUUGCGGAAUCAAAUCAGACUCAGCAUCAUGUUGCUCACUAGCCGAGAGCAGACAAGGGCCUUCAUCAGCUCCAGGAAACUGACUGUUGUUGGCUUCUUUGAGGAUCUCCAGGAUGGAACAGUGGAACUCUUCUAUGAACUAGUGAAAGACUUUCCAGAAGUUCCUUUUGGGGUGACAGAAAAAAGAGAUAUUUGGAUUCGAUAUGACAUCACCAUUGACACAAUGGUAGUAUUCCAACAGGGAACAAUCGUCCAUUUCGAAGAAUGCGAAGAAGAUGGGCACCACUUGAGGGACCUCAGCAGAAUUGUCAAAUUCUUCACCAUGGACUUGGUUGUAGAGUACAAUAUAGAGACCAUGGACCAGAUUUAUGAUAUGCACAUUAGGAAUCACAUGCUGCUCUUCAUCUCGAAGAACUCUACGGAAUUUGGUGCCUUAAUUAAAGUUUUUGAGUCUGUGGCGCAGAGGUUCAAGAACAAGCUUAUCUUUCUCAUUGUGAAUACAGAUGAAGUUGACAACAUCCAUGUUUUAGAAUAUUUCCAGAUCACUUCCUGGGACAUUCCUGGUGUCCGAAUCCUAAACCUGACUAAGAAUAUGAGAUACCGAAUGCCUGCUGAGGAAAUAACCUACAAAAACGUGAAAAAGUUUUGUGAGAACUUCUUGGAUGGGCUUGCAAAGCAACAAUUACCCAGUGAAAAUAUUCCUAAAGAUUGGGACACCAAGCCUGUCAAGGUGCUUGUUGGAAAGAACUUCAAGGAGGUUGUCUUCAGCCAUAAAAGGAAUGCAUUCGUCAUGUUCUAUGCUCCAUGGUCUUAUGAAUGCAAGUCUCUGCUGCCAGUAUUAGAGGAGCUAGGCAAGAAAUACCAGUAUCACGAGUCUGUCACCAUUGCAAAAAUUGACAUCACUGCCAAUGACAUUCAUCAGAUGUUCCUGGAAAAGUAUCCAUUCUUCAAAUUUUUUCCAGCUAAAUCUGAUUUGGUUGUACCAUAUAAUGGUGAAUAUACCCUGGAUGCAUUUAUUGAAUUUGUGGAAAAAGAAAUCAAGUCUCAAAUGGAAUCAGAGGAGUGGUCUCUUGAGGAAGAAGAGUCUGAUGAGCAAGAGGACCUUUCUGUUCAAGAUUGGGGAAAAAUCAAGGAAGAACUGUGA